AUGUGCAGCUGUAAAUGGAAUGUGACGAUCAAAGCCAGAACGGCACCGAAGAUGAAGAGGCGGCCACUGGCCACGGUGCGCGAGGAGAGGGGCGGCGCGCGCAACGGCGACCUGGCAGUGUACGCAAUGGUGGUCACUGCUGCGGUGCUCAGCUAUCUGAACAGCCUCAACGGUGACUUCGUCCACGACGACAUACCGGCGAUAGUGACCAACCCCGACGUGACGGGCGCGAGCACCUUGAAGCAGCUGCUGACGAAUGACUUCUGGGGCACUCCGAUGGCGGACAUCAACAGCCACAAGUCGUACCGUCCGCUGACGACGCUCUCUUUCAGG